UUUCAAGCGUUUACACGAAGCCGUUUACCAAAAGCCGCCGACAACUUUCACUUUUGAUAAUUUUGUGGCAAAACUUUACAAGAAAUGGAUAAUUCUGACGAGACACCGUGUCUUUUCCCUCCUCCUGAUCGACUACGCAAUGAAUCUCAUGUUAAAUCCAUGGAUGACUACAAGGAAAUGUAUAAACGAUCAGUGGAAGAUCCGGAGGGUUUCUGGGGAGAUAUUGCCAAGCAAUUUUAUUGGGCAUCUCCUCCCACAGGAAAAUUUGUAGAUUAUAAUUUUGACUGCAGAAAAGGUAGAAUAUCUAUCAAAUGGAUGGAGGGUGCCAAAACAAACAUUUGCUACAAUGCUAUAGACCGUCAUAUAAAAAAUGGACAAGGAGACAAGAUUGCUUUCUUCUGGGAAGGAAAUGAUCCAGCUGACCAUGAUUCAGGAAAUAUAACCUACUCACAACUAAAAGAUAAAAUAUGCAAGUUUUCCAAUAUUUUAAAGCAAUCUGGUUUAAAGAAAGGAGACCGUGUAGCCAUCUAUAUGCCAAUGAUAUUAGAACUUACUGUUGCAAUGUUGGCAUGUGCUAGACUUGGCAUAAUACAUUCCAUAGUGUUUGCUGGAUUUUCUGCUGAAUCUCUUGCUGACAGAAUCUUAGAUGGUCAGUGCUCUGCCAUUGUAACAGCUGAUGGUGUAUGGAGAGGGAGUAAACUACUUAAUUUGAAAUCCAUAGUAGAUGUUGCAUUAGAAAUUUGUUCUAAAAGGGACCACAAGUUAUCACAUUGUUUUAUUGUGAAGCAUUUGUUACCAAAGGGGCACAGUGUACAACAAAAUGGUGAUUGCGUAGACUAUCCAGAGGAAAAACCUGCCCAAAGACCAACUCGUAGUUUAAAGAUAAAUUGGACAGAUGGUCGAGAUGUUUGGUGGCAUGAUGUGAUGGGAACAGCGUCCACUGACUGUGAACCCGAGUGGAUGGAUGCAGAAGAUCCACUGUUCAUGUUGUACACUAGUGGCUCCACUGGUAAACCAAAAGGAGUGCUUCACACUGUAGGCGGAUAUAUGUUAUACUCUGCUACAACAUUUAAGUAUGCCUUUGACUAUCAGCCAGAUGAUAUAUACUGGUGUACAGCUGAUGUAGGAUGGAUUACUGGUCAUACUUAUGUUGCUUAUGGUCCACUCAAUAAUUGUGCUACCAGUAUUAUAUUUGAAGGGACCCCAUUCUUCCCUGAUGCUGGUAGAUUCUGGGCCAUCAUAGAGAAAUAUAAAGUGACUAAGUUCUACACAGCACCAACAGCCAUUAGAGCUCUGAUGAGAUAUGGGGAUGAAUAUGUCACCAAAUAUGACAGAUCGUCUUUGAAAGUGUUAGCUACAGUAGGUGAACCUAUUAACCCAGAAGCUUGGCUAUGGUAUCACAAUGUUGUAGGGAAUAAACAGUGUGCUGUUGUAGACACAUUCUGGCAGACUGAAACAGGAGGACACACAAUUACACCAUUACCAGGGGCCACACCAACAAAACCAGGAUCAGCAACAUUCCCAUUCUUUGGAAUUGUACCUGUUAUAAUGUCUGACGAAGGAGUAGAAAUCACAGAUCCGAAUGUAGAAGGUUACCUGGUAUUUAAACAGCCAUGGCCAGGCCUGAUGAGAACAGUGUAUGGUGAUCAUGAGAGAUAUGAAACAACCUAUUUUAAGAAAUUCCCUGGUUAUUACUGUACAGGGGACGGAGCCAAACGAGAUGAGGAUGGUUAUAUCUGGGUAACAGGAAGGAUAGAUGAUAUGGUGAACGUGUCAGGCCAUCUACUUAGUACUGCAGAAAUAGAAUCUGCUCUGGUAGAACAUCCAACUGUCGCUGAGGCUGCUGUCGUCUCUCAUCCACAUAAGAUCAAAGGAGAAUGUACAUACUGUUUUGUCACUUUGAAAGAGGGUAAAGAGUUUUCAGAUGCUUUGGUAAAAGAACUCAUGGAUAGAGUGAGGAAGAAGAUUGGUCCUUUUGCUCAACCAGAUUUUGUACAGAAUGCUCCUGGACUGCCAAAAACAAGAUCAGGGAAAAUCAUGCGCCGUGUACUCAGGAAAAUAGCUGUGGGAGACAAAAAUGUGGGAGAUAUCACAACCAUGGCUGAUGAAACUGUCAUAGAUAAACUAUUCCAACUCCGUCCUCCGGAAGCAUAAAACUAUUCAUUUAUGAAUGGAAAAAUUAAAAUAAACAAAAACAAUUAUAGACAUAAUACAUCUAUGUAAAUUGAUUUUUUAAUGAAUUAGGACUCAUUGAUUUUGUUCAAGUGCUGAUAUUUUUACAAUUUAACAUUUAUAUAUUGAAGGAAUUCUAAUAUUUCAAAGACUGUCAACCUUUAUUGACCGUAAGACCAUAUAACAUUAAAUUUCUAUUUCACAAAAACAUGACACAUUUAUGUCAGUCAAUACUUGUCUUAUAACCUAUUCUAAUUGAAUGAUGGUUUAAAAUUACUUCAGAUAUGUGCAUUAUAAUUUCUGUUAUUGUAUUAUAAGUUUAGUUAAGGUUAAGUUCCAAACAGAAAUGUUGUGACUUGUUUUAAUUUUGCUGAAAUAAAGUUGUUGCCAUUUACUUUUUUUUUUAUCAAAAAUGUAUUUUUACAUUGAAAUAUCUCUAUCAACAUUGUCUCUUGAAUUGUAAUAAAUUGGUUAAUAUAUUUUUGUCUGACAUCUUUUGAUAUUGUUUAAUUAAGUGCUAAUAAUCAUGUCAGAAGCAAAUAUAUUUUUUAUGGCCUUUGUAUUUUAAAUGUUAUUCUUUUUGUUAACGCUUUUUUUUAGUGCAAUAUUAUCAUCUAUGGUGUCAUUUUUGGUAUAUAAAUCAUUGAAUCUAUUUAUAUAUUGAAUAAUUUCAAUGUUUCAAAUUCUUAUCAUUAAAAAAUUAUUAUUGUUCAUGUUUUGAUAAUUUCAAUAAGAUAUUGCUCAAUACAUUUUUUAAACUGGCAAGGUUUUUUGCAUUACAAAUGUACUAUUCCUAAAUCUCCAACAGAGCUAGAGUGACAAUUGGUCAACACGAGCGACCAGUCUUUAUCUUAUCAGAACCUCUAUUUGAGUCAAAAGUUCCAAAGUUAAAAUUUUACUUACACUUGAAAAAUGUACUAAAUACUCCAGAAAAAAGCUAGAUAUAGGUUAUGUAAUGUUCUUGAUAUGUUUGUCAGAGUUAUUUUCUAUGAGUUUUUUUUUAAUACAGAGUUACAUUUAGAAUAUGUACACGUAUCAAUAUAUUUGCCUAUAUUUCUGAUAAAAAAAAAAAUACAUGAAAAUGUAAUUUCUUUUUCAGAUGUAUUGAAAAUUUAAACCUUUAGGUAGUUGAAAAUUUUUGUCAGAAAUCUUCUUUUGGACUUACAAGUGCUUUUAUGAAUUCUAAAAUAUUCUUGGCAUUUUCGUUAUUUCAGAAAGGUUUUUGCUGUAGGUACAUAUAAAUGUGGAGUAUAGUAUAAUAAUUGUAAUGUUGUCUCAUGAAAUUGAUCAAAUUGUAUCUAAAUUUGUUCCAUGGUAAUUUUAUCUAGGGCUUAUAAAAUAAAUUGUACUGAAACCUUUUUUUAUAAUAGGUGAAGGGUUAUUACAUCAAAAUGGAAAGUCACCUAUUAUUGUUAAAAUUUUGUUAUUUAUUAUUAAUUGUGUAUUAUUUUUUUUUCUUAUCAUAUAUGAACAUAUAUCAAAAUAUAAAAGAAAUGGUUUGUUUUUUUAGGAAAAAGUUUGACUGAAAUUAAAGUUGGUUUUUAAUUUUCUUGUUUUUAAUUUUCUUUACGAAAAUUGAACAGCAAAAUAAAAUGGCAUUGUUUCUUUUGAAUCUCAAACUGUUCUACUGCUCAAGUUUGGAAGACAUAAAGUGAAAACAGAAUAAAACAACUGUCAUUUGAGUUUGUGCCUUGCUUGUUUUUAGAACCUAUAUCUAUAUAAGAAAUUAAUAUUUAUUAUUUUUGUUUUAAGUUUUGCACAAUCUUAACUUUAUUUACUCACUAAAUUAUAAUAUACUGUUUUGUUACAAAUAUAUUACACAACAUAUUUAACCAUUUGUUUUAUAUAGUUUUAUGUUGAAACCUUAUUAAUCUAAUCUUUAAUUCAAGAAAGAUUGAAAUUUCAAAAUUAUGAAUUAUGAAUUACAAAUUAUGAUCAUAAUCAUAAAUAAUGACUUUUCUUUGAAUCUCUUUGAAAGAGUUUAUGCAUUUAAAUUUUCUUUUGUACAAAUGUAUACCCAAGUCACUUUAGUCCAAUAAAAACAGUGAAUAAAAUAAUAUUUUACUUUAAUUGAUAUUACUUUUUUCAGUAGAUUAUAAGUUAGAUCACUUGAAGGGAUUAACAAAAAGGAAAAGGCAUAGGGUAUGUUCUUUUCAUUUUCAUUCAGAACUGAUAACAAUAAUCAGGAUGCAAUAUCGUCCACUUUUAUCUCCCCUGAAUGGAAUAUAUUUAUGCAUGAUUUAUCUCCCCCUGAACUGAACACUCAAGUUUUACUUAAAUUUAGGUUAAGAUUUUAGCAUUCAUGCUUAAUCCAAAAAAUUAAAAUCUAAUCUUUAACUAUAGUGCGAAAAGAGAUUUAUCCAACUCACUAGCCUAUUAUACAGUAAACAAAUGUAUUUCCCAGAAUUUCACAAUAAAUUAUCAGCUUUAAAUAGAUGCUGGUACUAGAGGAAAAUUAUACUGAUAGGGAAAAAAAUCAAACAAAACUUAAAUCUAUUUGAAGAUGAAGUUCAAUUUAGGUAUGUCAGUCUGUCUUUUUUUCUUUCUUAUGAUAAAAUCUCAAUUAUUUAUAAAGAAUUAUUCCAUUGUAGUAUUUUCUUCAUCUUUGUAAUUUUAUGCUCUUUGUUAUAUUCUUAUGUUAUAAAUGAUUGUUUUUCAAAGUACUUUUUUUUUGUUCAGUGCAAUUUAUUUUACUAUACAUAUUUAGAGGUAGCCAAAGACUUUGAAGGCUUGGAAAUUGUUAUUUGACAUGAAGUUCUUUGUACACAAUGUAUAUUAUACUUAUAAGCAAUCAUUGGGACAACAGUUUUGACUGUUCUUUUUAUACCUUAAAAAUGAUAAUUUAUUUGAUGAAAAUCCUGCAAUUUUUUGAGAGAUUACAAUGUGUUGCCUAGAUUUUUUUCUCUCAGUUGAUCUAUUUGCACAAUUCUAUAAUGGGUAUUAAUAUUGAAUUGAAAUUGUGAAAUGGGUACAGAUUCUGAAAGCAGUUUUAUUUUGGUUGUGAUUAAUGCAGAUUUUUAUCUUACCUUGCAUUAGAGGAUAGGGUAUUUCUUGUAAACAUGGUUUAGUGUUGAACAAUAUAUGUUUGUGUUUACUAUAUAUUCACUUUGUAUCGACACCUUUUAUAUAUUAUAAUUUUGAUUGUUUAAUCUAAACAUACUGGUAUAUAGUACACAGGGAGGACAUUUUGAAUAAUUUGAAAAUAGAUUUUACCAAUUGUAUGUACCUUCUUUUGCAAAUCUCAGAAAGUGGAUUUAGACAUUAAUAUAUUGAUAGGGUAAAGUUAAUUGUGGAAAUAAUUGUGAACUGAUGUAUUAAUUUUAUUUAUUAAAAUGGUAGUGCAUGUUAUCAAAUCAAAUCUAAAUUAUAAAAUGAAAUAUGUAUUUCUGAAUUCUUUGCAUAAAGGCACUUUGUCUACUGAUCAAUUGUAUCUCUAAAACAAGAUAAGAUAUCUUUACAUUGAUACAGUCUAUCUCUCUAAAACAAGAUAAGAUAUCUUUACAUUGAUACAGUCUAUCUGGUUUGAAGUAAAUUGUAAAGAAAUCUGUGAAAUCUAUCUUCUGUUACUGUUAACAGCACAUAUAUUGCACAGGAAUAACAGCUUAAAUUGAUAACUUGCUUCAAUUAGUACUUUAGAUUUUUAUUUAUUUUGAAUUUUAGAGUUGGGUGCAGUACUUUGGUUUCAUUAAAUGAUAUUUAUGCUUUUGGGUAACAUAUCAGUUAAGCGUUUUAAUAUGUAAAGGUUAGUUGAUACAGUUUCAGGGGAGAUAACUAUUAAAGUUUAACGUCCUGUUGCUACUAUAAAGGGAGAUAACUAUUAAAGUUUAAUGUCCUGUUGCUACUAUCAAGGGAGAUAACUAUUAAAGGUUUUUGCUUGUGAGAACUUGUCCUAUUCAAUCAACAGACAGAGAAGCUAAAAAGUAAAAGUUAAUCCUCCCUUGUGUACAAAUGAAAUGUUUUGCAUUUAUAUUGAAAUUGGGAAUAUAUAUUAGUUUUUUUUGGCAGAUUUUUUUCUUUUUUGAAAUGUUGGUAAAGUACAUGUUUGGCGUGUUAUACCAAAAUUCAAUAAAUUUUUUUUUUAAAACAAACCAGUUUUACCAACAUGUACUUCUAUGUUCCUCUGCUGAAACAAAUUUAAUUCGAGUUUUCCAUUUAAUUGUAUUGCCAAAAAAUACCAGUUUUAGAAGAAGAAAAAUUCUUGUUAAAUAAAGUUUCAUAUUGGAAUGACAAAAAAAAUCAUUUUUUAGACGCAUUUUUAAUUUUUAAAACACAAGGUAUGUAAAAUAGGUUUUAUUUCAUCUGAAACUGUAUAGACUCUUGGAAUAUAUAUGCAAUGAAUAAGGUUGGCAUUUAGAGUGUUCUAUCUAAUUAAAUAUUGUUAGUGAAAUAACAUUAACACUUUGUAAAGAAUGUGACAUCAUUUUAUUUAUUUAUCUAUAUUGAAUUUGUUUCAUAUUGAUACAUCUUGAAUCGAAAACAAAAACCAUAUGUUGAUGAUAAAAAAAAAGUUUAUUAGCAACUCUACUGUCUUGAGUUCAUCAAGUUUUUGCAGACAUCUGUUUCCCUUUGGAAUUGUUGAUUCAAUUGCAAAUCUAAUUCAUGUACCACAUAUCAAAAUGAGGUUAAUCAUAUAAUUCUAUACAAAUGGCAUUUUGCAAAAAUAAGAAGCUUUAAAAAAAAUGUUUUUAGAAAUAAAAAAUAAUCAAUGAAUAUUCCCAAUAAAGAGUCAAUUGGCAUUCAUAUUUAACACCUUACACUUACAUAUCUUUAUUGGUUUUAUGUUAAAUAGUGCAAUAAAUAUAGUGAUCUUUACUGAUAAAUUCGAAAAAGUAAUAAUCGUGGCAACUUGCAAUUAAUUUUUGGUUGGUAGAAAUUAACACCAGCUAUUUAUUGUUUUUAGUUUGAUUCUGUACAACCAUCAAUUGAUUAGAUAGAUAUAGAUUUUGACCGUUUCAAAAUUAACAAAUGGUUAGAAUGACUGAGGGAUGAAUUAAAAGCUGUCAAAAGUGUAUGUUUAGUCCCUGAAUAAAAAGGUUCAUAUUUGUUUGUCUCCACCUAGUUAAGAACUAAUAUUUGAUUAUUUAGUUAUGCAAAUAAAUUAUGACAAAGAA